AUGGGGGGCUGCGAUGUCUUGAUUGACCCCAACAUCUCGUUUGUCCCUGAGAUCAACACCACGGGCUUCACCGCCUUCUCCAUGCCCAGCUGGCAGCUGGCGCUGUGGGCCUCCGCCUACCUGGCCCUGGUGCUGGUGGCUGUGAUAGGCAAUGCCACGGUCAUGUGGAUCAUCCUGGCCCACCGGAGGAUGCGCACGGUCACCAACUACUUCAUCGUUAACCUCGCCCUGGCAGACCUCUGCAUGGCCGCCUUCAACACCGCCUUCAACUUCGUCUAUGCCAGCCACAACAUCUGGUACUUUGGUCGCGCCUUCUGCUACUUCCAGAACCUUUUCCCCAUCAUGGCCAUGUUCGCCAGCAUCUAUUCUAUGACGGCCAUCACCGCCGACAGGUACAUGGCCAUCGUCCACCCCUUCCAGCCCCGGCUCUCGGGCCCUGGCACCCAAAUGGUGAUUGCUGGCAUCUGGCUGGUGGCUCUGGCGCUUGCCUCCCCCCAGUGCUUCUACUCCACCAUCACCGUGAUGCAGGGGGCCACCAAGUGUGUGGUGGCCUGGCCCGGAGACCCCGGAGGCAUGACGCGUCUCCUGUAUCACCUCGCGGUGAUCGUCCUCAUCUACUUCCUGCCCCUGGGGGUGAUGUUCGUCGCGUACAGCAUCAUCGUCCUCACCCUCUGGAGGCGGGCCGUCCCUGGGCAUCAGGCGGACGGCGCCCACCUGCGCCACCUGCAAGCCAAGAAGAAGAUUGUGAAGACCAUGGUGCUGGUGGUGGUGACCUUUGCCGUCUGCUGGCUGCCCUACCACCUCUACUUCAUCCUGGGCACUUUCCAGGAGGACAUCUACUGCCACAAAUUCAUCCAGCAGGUCUACCUGGCCCUCUUCUGGCUGGCUAUGAGCUCCACCAUGUACAAUCCCAUCAUUUAUUGCUGCCUCAACCAAAGGUUCCGCUCUGGAUUCCGGCUUGCUUUCCGCUGGUGCCCAUGGGUCACGCCAACGGAGGAAGAUAAGCUGGAGCUGACUCACACGCGGUCCCUCUCCAUGCGGGUCAACAGGUGUCACACAAAGGAGACUUUGUUCAUGGCCCCUUCUGAUGCUACUAAUGGGCAGGCUGGGGGUGGCCAAGACGAGGUGCCCACGGAACUCUGA